AUGAUUAACUGGCCGGUUUUGCACUUGAGCUCUUGGCUAAAGACUUGUUGCAACACUUCUGCCUAUAGUGGCUUCUUCUUUCUGAGUGGCCGGACCAUCGACCAGCCCGAGGAAAUUAGGGGCAUGCUGGGGCGUUUUUGGGAGCGCCACUUGAAGGCCCUGGAGUUUGCCCCGCCCUUCCCUCAGCAGACCCUGCCAGUGUAUCUCCAUGGCGAUGAGGGCCGUGGACAGGGAAAACGACCAAUUCUUGUGAUAUCUUUCCAGCCAGGGAUGCCGUGGUUUGGGGAGAAUGAGGUCAACUCUUCAAAGCACACCUUUACAACGCGUGCGCUGUACACCGUGGUGCCCUCUGCAAACUACGCGCCGAAGGGGGGGACUUUGAAGGAGCUUCUUGCGGCUCUCAGAGACGAUCUCAACAGCUUGUUCGAAACCGGCUUUGAAGCGUCUUGGCUCACAUUCAACAUGUAG